CCAAACCCAUAGGGCCUCGACACUAUUUAAGUCUCAUCCUGUGCAGUCGAUUAUGUCUUCGGUUGCCCGCGCUCUGACUCUUCUCUGAUGGACUUACGGAAACUAAUUUCUAAUAUCUGAAGCCUGACAGACAUUAGCCUUCAGCCAUGGGUGACUGGUCUUACAUGUCCGCACUGCUGGACAAAGUCCAGUCUCACUCCACUGUAGUUGGGAAGAUCUGGAUGAGCGUCCUCUUCCUGUUCAGGAUCUUCGUCCUGGGUGCUGCUGCGGACAAAGUCUGGGGAGACGAAGUGUCCGAGUUCUACUGUGACACCCUGGAACCGGGAUGUCAUCACGCCUGCUACAAUUGGAUGUUCCCAAUUUCCUACGUUCAUUACUGGGUCCUGCAGAUCACUUUUGUGUCCACACCCACCCUUGUCUACCUGGGCCAUGCUGUCCACAUCAUCCACAAAGAGAAGAGGAUGAUGGAGCAGCUGCGGGACUGCACUAAUGGAACUGUGCAAAAGAAACCCAAGUAUACAGAUGACAGAGGGAAGGUGAAGAUAACAGGUAUCCUCUUUGGCACAUACAUAACCCAGCUGGUCUUUAAGAUUGUCCUGGAGGUGGCAUUCAGUGUGGGCCAAUUCUACAUAUUUGGCUCUGUGUUCAUGGUGCCCUUCUUCCACUGUCAAAUGUCUCCACCCUGUGCCCGUCACGCCGGGGCCCUGUGUAACAUCUCUCGUCCCACAGAGAAAACCAUUUUCAUCAUCUUCAUGCUCGCGGUUUCAGGCGUUUCUGUGCUCCUCAACAUCAUAGAGAUCAUCUACCUGCUCUGUAAUAAGAGGAGAGAAAGAAGAAAACAGCUUGAAGCUCACCAGCAUAUGCUCAGCCCGCAGCAGCACCCAUCCAGCCCAGGCUGGGGGGGCAUCAGCAGCCAGUAUGGAGGUGUCCAGCUGCUGCCUCUGCCAGGUCAGGGUCUGACAAGCCUCUGCAACGAUGACAAACACAUCGACUCCAUCAGUAAAGAAAAGGACACCUGAUAACAUGAACUAUACAUGUCAGCAUUAGUUGUUUCUGGACGUUUCUUGUUAUAUGGCUUAAGAUGAAAGUGUGAAAGGUUCUUUUCUGGAUUGUCAAAUGUACUGUGCCUCAGGAUGAUAAUGUUUAUAGCAUAGAAAUACAUUAAGAGCAGAAUGGACAUUCAAAUCAUUCAAAGAUUGUAUCAUGGAGCCACUAUGAAGUCUCUUCUUUAUGCUGUCUUUGCAUUUUUACGCAGAACCAAACAACGGCAGCAUCCUGCUGCUCUGGUGUGUGAUUUUAGACAGCAUGCCAGCAUUGCAGAAUCAAAAAGGGGUACAGGCAUGACGCAACACAACAGCGCUGCCUCUAAUGUGAAAUACAUGUGUCAGCAGUGCUUUAUAAACAAUACCAAUGCAAUUUUUUAUGCCAAUUACAAUUAUUUACUGUCCCUGUUAUAUGGCGGCCGGUCUCAUCCUCUACUCAGGGGGUAAGGAGCUCCUGGAUCUAUUUUUUUUCUCUAAUUUGCAGACAAUUGUGGUCGCUGUUCUUCUUAGUUACUUGCUAACUUCUAAUAGCUACUUUUUAGAUCUUGGUGCGUUUCAUGCAUAACAUGUCAUCAAAAUGUCACAUCCAUGCCACCCAUGAUCCUGUCUUGCUGGCUGUCCCGUUUAUACAGAUGGUUGUUUCAGCUCUGUUAUAAUGCUGGCUUAAAGGUGAGACAAAUCUGUCCCAACAUUCUGUGACUGUACCUUUUAUACAGAACACAGAGGCAGCAUAACAGGGCUAAUGUAGCAUAAGCAAUGAUGAUGUAGCAUGAUGGACUGGACUUAGAAGAAUGUCAGUCAUUCUUCAGUGGAAGUCAUUGAAGUCAAUCUGCCAUAAUGUAUACUAUAUAUGUAUUUGACAAUGAAUUACACUGCACUGCAAUAAAUGUUGGUAUAAAUAGAUGGCAGUAACCAUUUCUAUAUGCAGAAGUGGAAUGUAACUACUUACAUAUAAGCAAAGGUAAAAAUCGGAGGUACUUGUACUUGACUUGAGUAUUUCUAUUUUAUUCAAUGUUGUACUUGUACGUCACUACGUCUCUGAGGUAAACAUAAUACUUUUUUUACUCCACUACAUUUACUUGACAGCUUAAGUUACUUUUCAGAUUACAGUUUCCUUCCUGUAAAGUGAAAACUAUGUAUCUCCAAAUUUGGUGAUUUUAAACUGAAUUCUGAUAAACACAAAAUUAAUUGUUUUAAUUAUACAGCUCAUUUGAUCCUGUACAAAGGCUGCAAAUUAGCUUUAGAUGUCACACACGUUCUUCUACCAUGUUAUGUGUGUCUGUAUUGUCCCUAUUAAACAAACAAAGAGCAUAA